AGGAAGAAAAACCUGAGGAGCUGGGGGAGGAGGAUGGGGGGCAGACAAACAGCAAAUGCUCAGAGAAAACAAGAGGCCAAACAAGUUCCCCCACCCCCAUUCCUUUUCUUUCUCUACCUCCAGUAUAAGAUGUACAUCCGCAGACAGGGUCAUUUCUAAGAGGAAGUUUUCCCCUCCAAUUUUUCCCCCUUUUAAGCUGGGACCAGUGCCUGUGCACGCAAGUGUGGGUUUGCAUAAGCAGUGGAGGAAGCUUACCUAUGAAAGCUGGUAGGCACCGUCUCUGUGGAUUCCUGCUGCCAGAGGCAGAGGAUACCACCAUGGAGGUUUCAUCAAAAGAACAUGCUCACUUUUUCUCCAACAACACAAUUGUGCCUGUGGACCGAUCUUCAUUCAAAUCCGAAUCAUCCGCGUCCAAGGAAAAACUGUCGUGUUGUGGAGGUAUAAAGAUAUUUCUUGGUGCAUUGUCUUUUGUUUAUUUUGCUAAAGCACUGUCAGGAAGUUAUCUAAAAAGUACUAUCACACAAAUAGAAAGAAGAUUUGACAUCCCUUCCUCUUUGGUUGGUGUUAUUGAUGGAAGUUUUGAAAUUGGGAACCUCCUCAUCAUAAUUCUAGUGAGCUACUUUGGAGCAAAGCUUCACAGGCCAAGAAUAAUUGGAGCAGGCUGCCUAAUUAUGUCAGCUGGAACGUUCCUAAUCGCAAUGCCCCAGUUCUUCAUGGGACGAUACAGGUACGAAAGAUUCCCUUCCGCCAUCAAUUCCACUGUUAGCCUCUCUCCAUGUCUGCAGGAUAAAAGCCAAGCUCCACUCUCAGCCUUGGAGAAAUCCCAAGCAAAAAUAAACGCAGGGUGUGAGAAGGAAGCAGGCUCUUCCAUGUGGAUCUAUGUUUUACUCGGAAAUCUUUUGCGUGGAAUAGGUGAAACCCCUAUCCAGCCCCUGGGCAUCGCAUACAUCGAUGAUUAUGCUGUUGAAGAGAAUGCUGCCUUAUAUAUUGGCUGUGUACAGACAGUCGCGAUUAUAGGGCCAAUAUUUGGCUUUCUCCUGGGCUCCCUGUGUGCCAAACUUUACGUUGACAUUGGCUUUGUAGAUCUGGACAGCAUCGCGAUAAGUCCCAAGGACGUGCAGUGGGUGGGAGCAUGGUGGCUGGGGUACCUGAUAGCUGGGGUGAUCAGCGUCCUGGCUGGCAUCCCCUUCUGGUUCCUGCCCAAGCACCUCCCAAAACCUGAGAGCAGGAAGGACUCCAGCACCUCUUCCGAGCACUCCAAGUUCAUCAUCGAGGAGAACAAGGACCAGCGCGCAUCCCAUUGGCAACAAGCGAAGCUUGCAGAGAUGGCAAAAGACUUCUUGCCAUCACUGAAGAGCCUCUUUGGGAAUCCAGUUUACAUUCUGUAUUUGUGUGCAAGUAUCAUUCAGUUCAAUUCUUUAAUUGGCAUGGUGACAUAUAAGCCAAAAUAUAUUGAGCAACAGUAUGGGCAGACAUCUUCUAAAACUAACUUUGUUAUAGGUCUUAUUAACAUUCCUGCUGUGGCCUUUGGGAUAUUCUCUGGAGGACUGAUCAUGAAGAAAUUUGGAAUUGGUGUUUUAGGGGCUGCAAAACUUUCCUUGGGAUCAUCUUUCUUUGGUUACCUUUUGCUCCUCUCGUUGUUUGCCAUGGGCUGUGAGAACUCGGACGUGGCCGGACUGACUGUGUCGUACCACGGAGCUAAACGGAUGACUGAUUACGAGGAAGCCCUGUUUUCAGAGUGCAACUCAGGCUGCUCGUGUUCCCAGAACGACUGGGACCCCAUCUGUGGGGAGAAUGGGGUUACCUAUGUUUCUGCCUGCCUCGCCGGCUGCCAGGCAUCCAACGGCAGUGGGAAAAGCACCGUAUUCUUUAACUGCAGCUGCGUGGGAACUUUUGAAUCUUCACAAAGCUCCUCAGCUGUGGUGGGACCAUGUCAAAAAGGAAAUGAGUGUCCCAAAAUGUUUCUGUAUUUUCUCGUAAUAUCAGUUAUCACUUCAUACACUUUGUCAGUAGGUGGCACACCUGGAUACAUACUGCUCCUAAGAUGCAUUAAACCCCACUUGAAAUCAUUUGCACUUGGUAUCUAUACCCUGGCAAUAAGAGUACUUGCGGGGAUUCCAGCCCCGGUGUAUUUUGGACUAGCCAUAGAUACCACUUGCCUGAAAUGGGGAAGCAAAAGAUGCGGGGGAAGAGGAGCGUGCAGACUCUAUGACUCCAGUGCACUCAGGUAUGUGUACCUGGGGCUGACUUUGGUCUUGGGCAUGGUGUCCAUUUUCUUCAGUGUUGCUGUCCUUUGGGUUCUCCGAAAAAGGUCUUCUCCACAAGACGAGACCUUCUCGGCCAACGGGGAGAGAGGCGCCUGUGGGACAAAGAACAGAAAAGAUAAUUUUGUCAAUAGUGACCGGUUAAUUCAGUCAACUUACUGGCCAGAGAAGGAGACCAGACUUUAGGAAUACUGAGAUCUCCACCGUGAUUUUACCCAGUGAGUGGUGUUCCAGGAAAAAAAUCCACCAUCAGUGAAGCAGUAUCUUAGUAGCCACCCUGAAAAUGUUCACCUUCUUGCAAUUCUCACUGUAAACCCCAGAAUCAAAGACCACCAAUUCUGAGCACGUGAACAGCUCUAAAAAAACGCUGCUCACCAUUUUUUUCUGCUGAGAGGGGAUCUCCUGUGGUGGGGAGUUGCAGUUGUGGUCUCACCGAGACAAAGUUUUUGCGGCUGCCCCUCAGCUCGCUCCCUCCUCACGAAGCUGCCGGAGCUGCUGCUGCCCCUCGGUGUCCUCCUGGCUGUGAGGGGUGGUGGAGAGGCUGCCGUGUGGCUGCUGAUCCCUUGGGAAGGCUGACCUGAAACAGACUGGACAGAACUAGAGAAUAAAGUAGGGAUUUAUUGAAAGGCCUUUAAGGGUACACCUUGGGCAGGACAGGGCCUGACCAGGGCUAGGCCCAAGGUGGACUAAGAAUGGUCGCAAAAUGGCUGACCGGUUACAAAUUCUUACAUUUUUAUAAGUUUUGGUCCAUUUGAAUAUUGGGAUUUAAUUGUCCAAUUCCAGCUCCCGGCUGUGAGGUCCCACCCUUCUUGUUCCUCCCUCCAGCCACCCUUGUUUGUGCUUUUGGGCCUGAAAGUUGUCCUUGGUCCUCAGCAGGAAAAGGAUUUGUUUUGUCUACUCACUGAGCGAAGAGCGCUCACCAGCACUUAAUAUGAGGCUCAGAGCUGCACCCCUGGGCAGCACAGAAUCUGAAAUACAUGAAAGCUGAGCUUAAGGCAUCCCUCCCUCUGCCACGGGACCAGCCGAGAGGAGCCCGGGCACAAAACCAGACUUGGCCGCCUGGAAGGUUGGAAGGAUCUCUGGCACGUAGCCCGGCCCUGCCAACAGCGAGGCACGGGGCAGGAGGGAAGCGGUCUGCUGGAAGGACAAAUUGGCCACAGGCUCUGGGCACCUCAUGAAUUCCAUCCAUGACACUUAGGACGUCGAGUGUUGUGGUUAGGAAUCCGUUUUCCAGUAGCUUUGUUACAGCGCAACAAUCAACGCUAGAAGUUGGCAUUGCAGUCAAAGAGACCGCGAGAGUAACAUCCAAAGGAAACUGGAAUGAAAAUAGAGCUUUUUUAGAUGUCCAGCAGUUUCUUGCUACUUGCUAGUACUCAGUGUACUAAAUAAUUCCAUGCACUUUAUGAUGUAAUAACAAAAUUAUACAAGAUACAUAUGAUUUCUAUUAUAAAAAGCUAUGACAAGACAGCUUGAGAAAAAUAAAAUUAAAUUA